UCAGUGUACAAGAGACAGACAGUGGAUUGUAUUUCUGCAGAGCAUCUAAUUCCCAUUUGAAAAGGGCUCUCACAUCGAAAAAAAUAUUCCUGGAUGUUCUUGAACCUCCAUCCGUGACUAUCUGGCCGAUGAUGGUGACGUCUCCUGUUGGAGCUGAAUUGACGAUUCACUGCCAGGUGUUAGGACACCCUGCCCCUUUCAUCAAGUGGUCAAAGCAGGGCCGGUUUGUCCAAACUGGAGGCAAAAUUAUCAUGAGGUAUAUUGUGCAUGGAGAGUUUAUAUAGUAGUUACUGUUUACCAGUGGUGCUUGUGAAUUCAUUUUGUUCCCAGGUUAAGAAACACAACACUUUACAUUUCAUCAGUGAGAAUGUAUGAUGAAGGACAUUACACAUGCGCAGCCUCCAACACACUGGGCCACGAUCAGAAAACCAUGACUCUUCGAGUUGCUGUGAAACCUGUCAUUGUUUCCUUCGUUACAUCACUCACUGUCUCAGAGGGAUCACCUGUAAGUCUUCCUUGUCGAGCUGUUGGAGAUUUUCCUGUCAAAUACACUUGGAUUAGAACUGCGUCGAUACAAAAUUCACCAGACAAGUCUGGUUCGAACUCUCCGGUCUCUCUCCCACAACAGAUACACAUUGAUGAUAAUGGGACAUUAGUCAUCCCCAACAUCCACUGGUCUGAUGCAGGGGAAUAUCACUGCAGUGCAGAAAAUAGAGUCGGCCAGGAUGAGAGAAGUCUUAUCAUAACUGUAACUGCUGACUCAUAUGUCCCACCUGAUAAGGAUGCGCUGAGUAAAAAGAUUUUGCCCACUGUGAGUAAUGCUAUAGAUCUUUUGCUGGUCCCAUCUGUGACAUUAACCUCAUAACACGCGACUGACACUGUGAUUGUUUUGUGAGUACGUUGCCAUUUUCAUUAACA